AUGACCCCGAGACCACCUCCUCGGCGCGGCCAGCCCGCCCGAGACGUGCUUCUCGGCUACAUGUCCCCGAGACCACGUCCUCGGCACGGCCAGCCCGCCCGAGACGUGCUCCUCGGCCGCGUGUUCCCGAGACCACAUCCUCGGCGCGGCCAGCCCGCCCGAGACGUGCUCCUCAGUCAUAUGUCCCCGAGACCGCCUUCUCGGCGCGGCCAGCCCGCCCGAGACGUGCUCCUCGGCCGCGUGUCGCCGAAAGCACCUACGCAGCGCGGUCUAUUUGCCCCGGACAUGUGCCUCAAUCGUGAACCGCGAAGAGAACCAUCGCUUACCGAUCAAAGCCACGCCUCGAAUCCCCGCCGUCCGAUGCCGAGCCAUGGCUUCCUUUGGGGGGGAUAUGAUAUGGCAAAAAAUGGCGGACCCCACUCCUGGCAACGUCCCCCGCACGUGGACAGGCGCGGCGCCCCAGGAAGAGCAAUAAGGGUGACGGUCUGCGUCCGGACGUCAGCCUCGCUGAGCCCACAGCCCCCUUCAGUUGACCCAGCACAGUAG